CAACUGUUGUGGCUAUUGUAUAUAUAUUUGAUUUCACUUGGUUCACAAUUUCGGAUGAUAGAUACCGACAGCUUUUUGUGAUAAAAAAAACAACAACCAGGUUUAAAAGUAGCCUACAUUGGUUAACACAGCAAUGGACGCCGACCUGAUGAAUGCAGAUAACUUGUGAUAAAAACCGUUUUGAAAGUAGCCUACUUUGGUUCAGUUAACGCAGCAAUGGAAGCCGACCUUACGUGUACUGUGUGUUUAGAUUUGUAUACAGAACCGCAUCUACUCCCAUGUUCACACAACUUAUGUCGAGAGUGUGUUCGGACUUUGAUAAAAGACAACACCGGUCAUGGCGAUGCCCAAACAAUGUCUGGUCCAGAGGCAGAUGAAUCGCAGUUGGUAGAUUCUAGUAUUAGUGAAUCCAUGUCGGAUGCAAUACAUCAACUGUCGAAUUGGUUUUCAACCCACAUAACAGCGAAUAACACAAAUAAAGCAAAGACUCUUGCUGGUCGAAUUAUACUUUGCCCACAGUGUAGAGCAAAGUAUGAUGUAGGUCCAGAUGGAGUUGACCAAUUCCCCAAGAACCUGACUCUGGAAAACAUCGUAGCUACCUACAAGAGUAGUCGCAAGGUGUUAGACUCGAUGACCGAUUCAGAGGACGAGCUGGGCGAGUCCACCGUCACAGACAAUGAUGUCAAUAAAUCGGCAAGCAAAGAAAGCAAGUCUGCAGUCUCCGAUGUGCUGGUUUGUGCACAACAUAAUGGCAAGAGAAAUAAAAUGUUUUGCAACACCUGCAACAGAUUGGUUUGUUCUUCGUGCGCACUAUUCGGUGACCAUAAAGGUCAUGACAUAGUUAAACUGCGAUCGGCCCUCAGAAUGGGAAAGCGCUUGCUUGAAGACGAGCAUCUCAGAGUUGAAGAGAUGCAACUUAACUUAUUGAAAAGAAAAGACGCAAUAGUUGAGUAUUCGUGCAAGCUGGAUGCUAUUAAAACAACACAACUGGAAUACAUGCGUAAAGAAGUCGUCAAAAUAGUAAGUCAUAUCCAAUGCCGCGAGAAUGAAAUAGCAGAAAAGAUUCGAAAUGAUGUGCAGCAGAAGAAAACUAUUUUGGAUAGUCUUGAAAAGGACACUGCUGCUUCUUCCGAAAUGGUUCAAAAUCUAAGUUCGGAAAUAUUAAAGGUUUUGAGUAUCUCAGAUCCUAUGGAAUUUUUAUCUAUCUACAUGCCAGUAGUUGAAAGAUCUAGAGGUUCCAGUAUUUUACUUCAUGACCUUGAUCCAAGUCUAAAGACUGUUUCGGGGCAGUUACCGGACUUCAAGUACUUGAACACAUUGGUGAAACGUGGUCUGAUGAAAAGUGCUUCUCAUGAGCUCGUAAAGUCUACACCAAAGGAUAACGUCGAGACAUUGAAGACUGACGAAGCGAAGAAAGUUCUUCCAGGCCAUAUUGCAAAAUGUCAAUUUAUGGAGCAGUUCUAUGUUGUAGAAGACCUCAUUGAUGUGGCUAUUGGUGCCGGCGGAGCAAACAUCCAAGAAGCGCGUCAGGUGGAUGGAGUCACUUCUGUGGAGUUGGAGUUUGGAGACAUGUGUGCCUUUAAGUUCUAUGGUACGUCGCAAGAAUCCUGCGACACCUCAAGAGAUAUAUUGCAACAAGCGAUGAUACGAUAUAUGUCUAAAAACUGAAGUACUUUUUAUUUAUGAAUUCUGAUUUCUUUUACUUUGCCAGAUUGUGACAGAAUUACACAUGCACUAACUGUGAUUCGUCUGUUCAUAAUUAAUUCUGUUCAUAUUCGCCUUAAAGAAAAUGAAAAUAAUUAGUUUUAACUGAUAGCUAUACAAAGGUGUGUUAAGCAAUCGCUUUGGUUUUGAACAUGACUAUAAACUGGAGAUAACGUCUAAGAUUUUGUUUCAUUAUUAUUAUAAUUGUUUGCUUUUAUUUGUUCUUUUAUAUACCUGUAAUGGUAAAUAGUAAACAAUAAAGGGUAAAAUAUA